AUGAGGUUUUCAUGGCUUCCGUUACAGAAGUUGUCUCGUUACGGGGCAGAUCCAGUUUUUAAGAUAAUUCUAGUGGCAAGAGCUCGUGGUAUUCAGCCCGAGACCCAAAGCAAACCAAAUAAAAGAGACAAGUUUCUCUCGGUCAUCAGUAAAACUUUAUUUACAACAAAUUCAAGUCUUCAGUUCUCGUUUUUAUUAAGGGACAAAACUCCGAGCGAGGGAGCUCGAAGGCCCACAGUUUAUAAGCAGAACCUCGCUAAGGGCAUUCUAAUGCCGCUUGACAUGAAGAAAAAUUGCGACAAGAGACACCGCGCCGAGACCGCCGCCACGUCGCCGGCAAUCGGCCGCGUUGCGCCGCCGAGAGACGGCUUUCCUCUCCCGGACGCCAUUACCGUCGGAGAAAUUUUCCGGAGACUGGAGCUGGAGUCGCUAUGCACCCUGGCUUGUGUGUGUCGUCCCCUCCGUUCAAUGGCCUCUCAAGCCCUUGCAGCUCUCCCCUCGCUUGACCUCUCUGCAUUUUCGCCCGAUGGUGAACUUGUUCGUCUCAUGGUUCCCAGAUUGGGAGCUGUUACGAGUGUGACUAUCGACUGUCUCCACUUGGAUGAUUGCUCCAUCGCCAGCAUUCUUGGACCACACAUUCGAGAGCUGAGUUUGCUCAAGGGUGCCUCCCUUUCAUAUCAUGUUCUUGCUUCCAUUGGAGAAAAAUGCCCAAAUUUAAGGGUUCUUAUCCUGGAACUAGCAGGGGAUUGCUCGCCUGAAAUCCUUAAGAGAUACCUUGUGAGAAUGUUGGGCAAUCUGCUCUUUUUGGAGAACCUAAGCAUUAAAGUCCGUGUGAUGGAACGCGAUCCAUGUGAUUUGUCUUGUGCCGACCUUCCCCUUCCCGAAAGUUUGAAAUUCCUCAAGUUGCAGCCGGUGAACGAACGCGACACCUGUCAGUUUCUCGAAAAAUUCAGCGACAAGAGAGGAAUUCAAAGAAAAACGACGAUCAAUUGCAUAACGAAACUUUCGCUCGUCCUGAACGUUAUAUCCGACACACUCACAUUCUCAAUCGCCAGCUCACUCUCUCUAUUAACCGAGCUCGAUCUCGAAGACAGACCAUUCUCCGAGCCGAAACUGCCACACGACCUCACCAACAACGGGCUCCUUUCCUUGGGCUCCUGCAAGAAUUUAACUCAUCUCUCGAUUAUCCGUUCUCGAUUUCACUAUCCCGUCUCGUUUAAGAGAAUAAACGACAUGGGGCUUAUGGUUCUCGCCGGGAGCUGUGGGGCCCUCGAGUCCGUUCGGCUCGGCGGCUUCUCGAAAGUCACCGACGCCGGAUUUUCAUACCUCACGCAAACGUGCCGCGGCCUCAAGAGCCUCGAAAUACGAAACGCGCCGUUACUGUCUGACCUGGCGUUUCACGACACUUUUCGGGUUUUGUCCCGUUUGGUCGAGCUGAGGCUGAGGUCGUGCAAUCUCAUCACUAGUGAGGCCACGUCAGAAUUGGCCUCGUCUCCCACAUUGGAAGUCUUGGACACGUCUAGCUGCCGGAGUAUGGCCGACAGGUGUCUCGAUUAUGUAUCAAAUAUCAGUACGCUCACGUCGAUUAAUUUAGGAGGAGCAGAUAUUACGGAUAGUGGCCUUCUUCGUUAUUUGAGAAAAGGCGAUUUGCCUCUGACGAAUCUGUGUCUGAGAGGAUGCUCGAGGGUAACCGACAGGGGGAUUAUUGCCUUGCUAGACGAUGGUUUGAAAAUGAAAAAGACGUUGUUGUCCCUGGACGUGGGCCACAUGCCGGGUAUGUCUGAUAGGGGCUUUUUUGGGAUUAUGGCUAGAGCGGAUGCAUUGACGGAGCUGAGCAUGAGAUACUGCUUUCACGUGACGGAUGCUUCUUUUGAGGCUCUAGCUUCUGGAAGGAGAGAAGGAAAGAGCGUGCUUCGAAGGCUCGAUAUCUGUCACUGUGUGCGAUUUUCUGGUAGGUUCGUGAAGUUAAUGGAGAGGCCGUUUUUCCGUGGAUUGAGGUGGCUCGGGGCCGGUGGCACUUGCUUGGUGGGGAAGAGGGAUUUUGAGGCGGUUUGUGAGAUGAGGCCGUGGCUUACUGUAUGCUUUGAGGAUUGCGAAAUCGGGUGUCAGGACGGUUGGCAGUAUCACAAAUACAAUAGUCGAAAUUAACGAGAAAAAAAAAAAAGUGUCGAUUUUGUGCAACUUUUGACGGUACGGAAGUUUGGGAUAAAUGUCUGAAGGUAUGUACAUUUUCUGGGUAACCAUAAUGUAUGCUUUUGCUUUGACGAAGCUUUGUUGAUAUAUGUGAAAUCCGAGAUGGAGCGCGGCUUUGUUAUUGCCAUCUCGACGAUAACUGCUUUUUGUUCGUCGUUUGAUGGUGAGAGAUGACAUGGAAAUUUUUGGGGGGAAAUUUGAAAAUUAUGAGUGAUGUAAAAUGGAGAUGUAAUAACUAGUAAGUAAUGUGGUUGUGAUACAGGAAUAGUGGAACAGUGAUUGAUAGUUACAAGAAUGUGAGUAGAAUAUUGAGCCUGUGAAAUAUUCAGCUAUUAGUCUGAAGCUAGUUUAGAGCUGUGAAAUUGAACAAGCUGGUCGUGAGUUUGACUCGACAGUCUCGACUCAACUUGUUAAGGUUCGAGUUCGGCUCGACUCGUUUGAUAAAUGAGUCGAGCUAGAGUUCAUUUAAAAGCUCGUUUAGUUAACGAGUUAAGCUCGGCUCGACAAGGCUCGAAAAUAUGAUUUUUAUGCAAUUUUUUAUAAUUCGGUUCAUUAAAGAUCAAUUUUGACUCGAGCUCACCUUAUUAAUAUUGAUAAACGAACAGAGUUUGGGCUUGAUUAUGAGCUCAUUAAAGGCUUGAG